AGAUAUAUCUCUUAACCAUCUUCUGGAAGAAGCAUAGGAACCCCCGUCCCGUUCCUUCUCCCCGCCGCCGCCGCCGCCUUUGCAGUUGCAGCAGGCUCGUCCUCCGCCACCGCGCGCGCCGGCAGGCACCGCCACUUGAUCCGCGAUCCACACGCAGGUGGCUUCUGGCAAGCAAAAUGGCUUUCUCAUCGGUUUUCAGGAGAGUGAAUGUCAAAGAACUGAUCUCGAAUGCUUCGGUGUAUGCUAGCGCAACAGAAUCUUCUGGAGGAAUGAGCUUGGUGUUUAGACGCUGGGCCACCAAGAAGACUGCUGGAUCGACAAAAAAUGGCCGUGACUCCAAUCCCAAGUACCUGGGUGUCAAGAAGUUCGGUGGAGAGAAAGUAGAACCGGGAAACAUUAUUGUUCGCCAAAGAGGAACGCGCUUCCACCCUGGGAACUAUGUUGGCAUUGGCAAGGAUCACACUCUCUUCUGCCUGAAGGAAGGCCAUGUUCGGUUCGAGCGCAACAAACUGACCGGCAGGAAAUGGGUUCAUGUUGACCCUGUGGCUGGUCAUGUGCUCCACCCUGUCUAUGCCAGUGGCUCGACUACUGCAGUUGACCUGGAUGCACAGUUGUAGCGACUAUGCAGUUGCUUAUGCUCUUCCAACGGAUUUGCCGCUCCUAUGCUUGUCAUCAGAACCACCAAGUGCCUCUCAUUACACAAUGCAACUUGUUCCAGCAAAGAUGCUUGUAAGAAAUGCUGCUAGAAGUAGCUUCACUGAGGAGCAGAAAAUUUGAGCUUGGUUAAUGUUCCUUUUUUAACAUCACUUGAGACGCAAUGUUGGUUAGUUCCAUGUCUAUGUGGAAGUGUUGAUUACUUGUGGACUGGAAUUUUGUCAUUCGGUGCAUUUUUGGAA